AUGUUUCGUAUUCGUCAGAUGAGAAAGUUACGUGUAACAAUGCCAGGUCGGACGAUUGAAAUCUAUACUAAGAUCAGUAUGCAUCGAGCUGGUAUUAAGAAACACUUUUUACCAAUGGAUGAUGAUAUGAAUGCAAAGCUUUGUUAUUGUGAAAAGGGCGUCGAAGUAGUAGGACAACCAAGUUUAGUAUUCAUACAUGGAUUCUCAUCUAGUAAAUCAACAUGGUUAUCUGUGAUCAAACAUAUUCCAGAUAGAUAUCAUUGUAUUGCCGUUGAUUUGCCUGGUCAUGGCGAAACUGUCGGUUUUAAUGAAGAAUAUUAUAUCGCUACAAAUGUUGUAGAUCUACUUAAACAGUUUUUUGACAGAUUGAAUUUCAUCGAACCGAUAUGUCUUGUUGGUGGAUCGAUGGGUGGUGCAAUUGCUGCGAUGUUUGCCAUGAAAUAUCCAUUCGAUGUAGGCAUGAUCUGUGUACUUUCUCCUCCUCCCGGAGAAGAAUACGAAACUGAUAUGGUCCAACAAUUACGUUUGGGGAAGUAUCAUGUAAUUUUACCUGAAACAUUUAAACAAUAUUAUGCUCUCAUGAAAAUAUUAUCAAAGAAAAAGAUUCCUUUCGCUCGAUCAUUGGCUAAAACAUACUUUAAAAUACAUUUACGCACGUUAAAUCAACAUAAAAGAAUCCUUCAAAUUGCCUUUGAAUAUGACUAUCCAAAUCUUGGAGAAAUCUAUAGACAAUUAAAAUAUCUAAUGUGUCCAACACUCAUCAUUUGGGGUCGUGAAGAUCAGGUAUGA